UUGCUGUGGUCGUGACGCAGUGGCGCUGUUCCAUCAAAGACAUCCUCCUCCCGUGCGCUGUUCCGGAUGAGCCGCCUCCCUCCCUCUACCCCUCUGAUCCUCUUAACAGCGAGUAAGCGGCCAAGAUGGAUGUUGUAAACCAGUUGGUGGCCCAAGGGCAGUUCACAGUAGUCAAAACUCCAUUGGGAUUCAUCAAAGUUCUACAAUGGAUCUUUGCAAUUAUGGCCUUCUCAACAUGUGGCAGUUAUUCGGGUAUGUUGAAGAUGAGUGUGGAGUGUGAAAACCGAUCGGAGAGUGACCUGGGAAUAGAAGUACAAUUUGAAUACCCCUUUAGGCUCCAUCAGGUGUACUUUGAUGCCCCCACCUGUAAGGGAGGGACCACUGAGCGCCUGUUCCUGGUGGGAGACUACUCCUCGUCCGCUGAGUUCUUUGUCACCAUUGGGGUCUUCUCCUUCCUGUACUCAAUGGCAGCGCUCUCUGUGUACUGCUUCAUUCUGGAAAAGUACAAGGAAAACAACAAAGGAGCCCAGAUUGACUUCGUGGUGACUGCGGUAUUUGCCUUCAUGUGGCUGGUGUCCUCUUGUGCUUGGGCCAAAGGCCUGUCUGAUGUGAAAACAGCCACUGACCCUGAGAGGGUCAUCACCCUGAUCGCAGCCUGCGAUGAGCAGACGGUCCGUUGCCGUGAGAUUUACGACCCCAAAGUCUCUGGCCUCAACACCUCAGUGGCCUUCGGCUUCAUCAAUGUGAUCCUGUGGAUUGGGAACCUGUGGUUUGUCUUCAAAGAGACUGGCUGGAUGGCAGCUUUCGGUGGAACGUACAUGCCCUCACAAGAGAAGCAGCCUGCCCCAGACUCGUUUGGGCAGGGGGGAUAUGCACAGCAGGACCCCUACGCCGGCUCCCAGGGGGGGUACCAACCCGACUACGGCCAGCAAGGGUACAGCGAGGAGGGAGGAUACAACCAGGGCUACGAGCAGCAGCCCACCUCCUACUCUAAUCAAAUGUAAACCAGUCCAGCUGCAGCAGCUACAGGGCGGUGAUCUGAUUACAGAGUGUGGUCGUGUCCGCGCUCCUCUGUUCGUCUGUGUGCGUGUCUGUGAU